AGCUGCCAUCACUGCUGAACUCAUGUGCACUAACCUUAUUUUUCUUAAGUGUUUAGUCUGACUCCAGUUCAGGCAGCUGGGAGUAAGAAUUGGAGCUGGUUGCAACAUAAAGCAUGGACAACCAGGGGAGGAAGGUGGUGGUGUGUGACAAUGGGACAGGGUUCGUCAAGUGUGGCUUCGCUGGCUCCAACUUCCCCGAGCACAUCUUCCCCGCCUUGGUGGGUCGACCAAUCAUACGAUCCACCACCAAAGUGGGCGACAUCGAGAUUAAGGAUCUGAUGGUCGGGGACGAGGCCAGCGAGUGCCGCUCCAUGCUGGAGGUGUCCUACCCCAUGGAGAAUGGCAUGGUGCGCUCCUGGGAGGACAUGUUGCACCUGUGGGACUACACCUUCGGCCCAGAACGACUCAACAUCAACCCAUCAGAGUGCAAGAUCUUACUGACAGAACCACCCAUGAACCCAACUAAGAACCGUGAGAAAAUAACCGAGGUCAUGUUUGAAAAGUACCAGUUCCACGGCAUCUACGUGGCGAUUCAGGCAGUGCUCACUCUGUACGCCCAGGGUUUGCUCACUGGGGUUGUUAUCGACUCGGGAGACGGCGUCACCCACAUCUGUCCAGUUUACGAGGGCUUUUCUUUACCGCACCUGACCCGCAGACUGGACAUCGCAGGACGUGAAAUCACUCGUUACCUGAUUAAGCUCCUGCUGCUGCGCGGCUACGCCUUCAACCACACGGCCGACUUUGAGACCGUGCGUCUGCUGAAGGAGAAGCUCUGCUACGUGGGGUACAACAUUGAGCAGGAGCAGCGUCUGGCCACAGAGACCACCUACCUGGUUGAGUCCUUCACGCUUCCAGAUGGGCGUCAGGUGAAUGUGGGCGGGGAACGUUUCGGGGCCCCCGAAGCCCUUUUCCAGCCUCAUCUCAUCAACGUGGAGGGAGUCGGGGUGGCCGAGCUGCUGUUCAACACCAUCCAGGCUGCAGACAUCGACCUCAGAGCUGACUUCUACAAGCACAUCGUUCUGUCGGGCGGGACCACCAUGUACCCCGGCCUCCCAUCCAGACUGGAGAGAGAGAUCAAGCAGCUCUACCUGGAGAGGGUUCUGAACGGAGACACAGAGAAACUAUCAAAGUUCAAGAUCCGAAUCGAGGACCCGCCCAGACGUAAACACAUGGUGUUCAUGGGCGGCGCGGUGCUCGCCAACAUCAUGAAAGACAAGGACUCCUUCUGGCUGAGCAGACAGGAGUACCAGGAGAAAGGCCUGGGGGUCCUGCAGAAACUGGGAGUUGGGGUCAAAUAAAACAAAGCUACGAGCAGAGAGAAGAAUUACUGGUUUAUUGAGUGUUUAAUGUCAGCUCUGCCCCUUUUAUGACCUCACAGCACCUCUACUUUUGGAUUGUCUUAAUUUUCCCUAAUAAAAUAUGUUUAAAAACUCACA